AUGGGAAACUUUAGAUUUCCAAUUAAAACCAAGUUACCCCCGGGUUUUUUGAAUUCUAGGGUCAUUAGAGAUAAUUUCAAGAGACAACAAUUUGCAGAAAAUGAAGUAAUGACGAGAGCGCUAAAGUUCAUAGCAAGAAACAUCACAUUACCGCCACGAGCACGUUUAGAGGCACAAUUAAAGCUCACGGCCAUGCCAAACUAUACCAGAGCGACCCAGAUCAAGAACAGAUGCGUGGAGACAGGACAUUCAAGAUUUAUUCUGGGAGAUUUCAGACUUUGCAGAACGCAAUUCAGAGAAAAGGCAAGAAGCGGUGAAUUACCAGGAGUCAAGAAGGGUAUAUGGUGA